GCCGGGCGAGAGGGAGCGCAGUCAUGGCGAGCGUCCCCAACGAGGAAGCCGCUCCGCCCGAGGACUUGGCCGGCCUUCAUCUGGAGGCCAUCAUCGGCUUCAAUGGGCAUGUCCCCUGUGGCCUCAUCUGCCACCCGGAUCGGGAGCACCUCAUUUACCCUCUGGGCUGUACAGUAAUUGUCCAAGGCAUAAAUGUUCGCACUCAAGAGUUUUUACAUGGGCAUACCAACAAUGUAUCCUGUGUCACGAUUUCUGCGAGUGGAUCUUAUGUGGCCUCUGGUCAGAUCACAUUCAUGGGCUUCAAGGCUGAUAUCAUCUUAUGGGACUACAAUAAAAGAGAGAUGUUGGCUCGAUUGUCUCUUCACAAGGGUAAAAUUGAAAAUCUCGCCUUUUCUCCAAAUGACCUUUACUUAGUAUCAUUGGGAGGUCAGGAUGAUGGAAGCAUAGUGUUGUGGAGUGUCCAGAAGAAAGAAGCAAUCUGUGGCAGCCCUGCUUCUGCACGUAGUGCUCCCAACCCAACUACACUGGUAUAUUCCAACUGCAGGGAUGAAAUGUUCAUUAGUGCCGGAAGUGGAACCAUUCGAGUGUGGGAACUGGACCUGCCCAACAGGAAAAUCCGACCAACUGAGUGUCACACAGGGCAGCUGAAAAGAAUAGUUACAUGUAUUAUGAUCACUGAUGAUGACCAGUAUUUCUGUAUUGGCACAUCUACUGGUGAUAUCGUGAAACUCAAUACAAAAAGCACAUUGAUGAGUGAUUAUGGCCCAGUGAAGGAUAAAUUCAGCUUGGGAGUCACAGCUUUGCUUUUGCUGAAGACAGGUGACUUAGUUAUCGGCACGGGUACUGGAACUGUAGCUCUCUGUUCAGCAUCCAACUAUAAAGUAAAGAAGAAAGUUCAGUUGCAAGGUGCCAUUACAUCCAUCACACCGCGAGGGCAGGGUCACCAGUUUUUUGUGGGGACUGAAGAGGCACACAUUUAUCGAUUUUCAUAUUCAGACUUCAAGGAGGAGCUCAUAGCCACCUGCCAUAACGAAGCCAUCCAUGAUAUCAUUUUCCCAUAUGGUACAUCAGACCUCUUUGCCACCUGUUCCAAGAGUGACAUCCGUGUGUGGUAUACACCUGAAAAUAGGGAGCUGUUACGAAUAACUAUUCCCAACAUGACCUGCCAUGCCAUAGAUUUCAUGAGAGAUGGCAAGAGUAUAAUUUCAGCCUGGAAUGAUGGAAAGAUUCGUGCCUUUACCCCAGAAACUGGACGGCUGAUGUAUGUGAUAGAACAUGCUCACAGCAUGGGAGUGACGGCUUUGGCCGGCACAAGUGACUGCAAAAGGAUAAUCAGUGGAGGAGGUGAAGGGCAGGUGAGAGUAUGGGAGAUCGGCAAGGAAACACGCAAAUUGGAGGAGGUAAUGAAGGAGCACAUCUCUUCUAUUUCAUGCAUCAAGAUCAAAAAGAAUAACCAGGAGUGUGUCACAGCUAGCAUUGAUGGAACGUGCAUUAUCUGGGAUCUUGUCCGCUUUAUGAGGCGUCAGAUGAUUUUGGCCAACACAUUGUUCAAAUGUGUCUGUUAUCAUCCUGACGAACACCAGCUUAUUACAAGUGGCACAGAUCGAAAGAUUGCUUACUGGGAGGUGUUUGAUGGAUCCCCAAUCAGAGACUUGGAGGGCUCCCUGUCUGGCUCAAUCAAUGGCAUGGAUAUUACUUCAGAUGGAGCCUACUUUGUUACAGGAGGUGAUGACCAUCUAGUGAAGGUGUGGGAUUACAAUGAAGGCGAAGUGACUUUUGUUGGCGUUGGCCACAGUGGCGAUAUUACUCGCCUGAAGAUCUGUCCUAAUAACAAAUACAUUGUAAGUGUGAGUGCUGAUGGUGCCAUCCUUCGCUGGAAAUACCCUCAUGUCCACUGAUGACACUGGACACCAUUCCUGCAACACUUUUUAAAAAACUGUUUUGUUUUUUUAAAACCCAUAUAUGGAUUCUAAGGUUUAGAAAGGUUUGCUGCCCUUAAGAGAAAUACUGUAUCAUUUUGUUCUUUGUUGUUUGAGAAAAAGAGCUAGUCUGAAAUAGUUAGAAAGUUUUGAUAUUAUUGACUGUAGAACCAAAUGACCACUGUUUGUAAUGGAUUCAGUUGGUGCUUAGUCAUAUGACAUUGUGAGUCUCAUUCCUGACACACAUAUUUUUUGUUUGUGAUGUAUUCUGUUUGAGAUAAGUUGUAUCCCCUUCCUUCACAAUGAAUUCUAUGCUGUGCAA